AUGGUCCUGUUGAACCCGGUAAUACGUCAAGAGCAUUAUCCCAUAUUAGAAGUCAAAGAAGAGAAUGCUUUUUCCGAUUUGCCUGAAGACAUUCAUACCUUAAUUAAAAAUUUAAGUGAUUCUAAUCUACAAGUUAAUAAUCAAUUUCAUGAGCAAGAAUUCCAAGUCCGUGAACAAGAAUCUCAAGUCCAUGAACAAGAAUUUCAAGUCCACGAACAAGAAUUUCAAGAAUUUCAAGUUUAUGAACAAAAUUCUAUUGCAGUUAAUCCAAAUGAAUACUCAAUAGAUAUUGCUGACAAUAAUCAAGAUUUAAUCUUGUUUCAGAACCGAAAAAAAGAAAUAUUUGACUUGUUAGAUGAAACUAAAAAUAUUCUUGAUAAAAAUGUGGCAAAUCCAAACAAAUGGCUUGAUAGUAUAGAAAAAAACUUUGAACCAUUGCGAAAAUUAGUGAAGGAUUGCAAACAGUUUGAAAGGAAAAAUCAUAUUCCAAAUACUUGGAAAGAUCGCAAUAAUAAUACAUUCUGGUUAUAA